GAUGUGCCAGUCAUCUUUGUUUAGAAUUACAUCACCGUCAGUUUACUCAAUCUUAUCUUCAAGUCGUCAUAAAACUUGUUCUGAUUUACACGACAUUACUCGCUUCAUUAAUUUUACUUUUCGAAUGUAACUCAACGUUGUAUGCGCAAUCUUAAUAUAAGAGUCAACCAUUCAGUCAGUUAAUUACGGUACACGGAACGGCUCGAAUUGUUUUAUUGCUCGGUACACCGGUUAAUCAAAGAAAAUGAGUUCGGAAAACAAUAUUUUCGAAUUGCAUCCUUGGAUAGACAUGGAGUUUGUACAAAUGCUAGUCAGAAAGUCUGACUGUGAUAAAAACUUGACUGUCACGUCUUUUCGCGCUGAAAAGGGUGUUCAUGAUGGCAAAAACUUUUCAAGCAGUGCUAUUCGACUGCAUGUAAAUAUAUUUCCGGUCAACGAUCACUCCAUCAUGUCAAGAGUAUACUUCUUGAAAGUGUGUUUGCAAACGGAAGACUUCGCGAAAGCGUGUGAAGAAUGUCUUUACUAUGAAAAAGAGAUUGAAGUUUACACCGAAAUUAUACCAGCGGUAGAACGCUUGCUGCACUCAAUUGAGGCACCAGCUCGAUUCACAGCAAAAUGUUUCUACACCGACGCAGAAAGAGGUAUUUUGGCCUUCGAAGAUUUGAGUGUAGGCAAUUUCGUUAGUGUCCAACCGGCAGAUGGCAUGGACAAGGAACAUUUGAAACUUAGUUUGAGUACCUUAGCAAAAUGGCACGCUACGACUGCUGUGCUCCUAUUGACGCGACCAGAACUAUUUGAUUGGACUACGAGAGUCAUGUACAAAAAUGCAACAACUGUGCGGAGGUUCUUCGAAAACAUUGCGAAAACCGUGUCAAUGGCUGCCCGAAAUUGGAGUGGAUUUGAGAAAAUUGCCGAAAAGCUUAUCAAUGUACCGUCGCAUGUAUAUGACAACAUAUACAAGGAAUAUUUACCGACAGAGAAUGGAUUCAAUGUUCUGUUGCACGGUGAUAUGUGGUCGAAUAACAUUAUGUUCCACUAUGAGAACGGAAGACCGACUGAUAUUCGUAUCGUCGACUUCGCGCUGUGUAAACACACAAAUCCGUCAUAUGAUUUGUCUCUACUUUUAUAUGGUUCCAGUCAGUCACAAUCAAUAGGGCAAGCAGAUCGUGAACGUCUUAUUCGGUUCUAUCACACUGAACUGAUCAAAGUGUUGGAAAAAUUGCAGUAUCCAAAGACGCUACCGACAUUGAUCGACAUACAAACGCUUGUGUUCCGUUUCGAUCUGUACAAUGUGUUGAUAGUGCUAUUCGUAAUUGGUCUGCGUUACACGGAUGAAAGUUUCGACGGAGGGUUUAUGGAAUUGUCAGAAAAUGCACAGAAUACCAAUGGAAAAGCAACUCAACUGUACUCGCAUCCGAAAUGCAUCGAAGAGCUUCAGUAUAUUUUAGAAAUGUUUGAUCGACGAGGAUAUUUCGACUUUUAGAUUAUUAUGAGAACAGAAAAUAAAGUGGUUGAAACUCACCAUAUUU